CCAUUAUACCUCAUUUUUGAAAAAAGGUAAAGAAUAUGCAUCUUUAUAAUUUAACUCUUCAAAAGGCUUCAGGAAUAUGUAUUGCUGUUCAUGGCAAUUUUUCUGGUUCAAAACAACAAGAAAUAGCUAUAAGUCGUGGCAAGAUUUUGGAACUCUUAAAACCAGAUUUAAAUACUGGAAAGUUGCACACAUUGCUAAGUGUUGAAGUAUUUGGAGUUAUAAGAUCAAUGACGCCAUUUCGUUUGACAGGAGGCAAUAAAGAUUACUUAGUGAUUGGUUCUGAUUCAGGAAGAAUUGUAAUUUUAGAAUAUAAGCAGCCUAAAAAUGUUUUUGAAAAAGUUCAUAGUGAAUGUUUUGGCAAAACAGGCUGUAGAAGAAUUGUUCCUGGUCAGUAUUUAGCUAUAGAUCCCAAAGGAAGAGCACUUAUGAUUGGUGCUCUAGAAAAGCAAAAAUUUGUGUACAUUCUAAAUAGGGAUUCUCAAGCAAAUUUAACAAUUUCAUCUCCACUUGAAGCCCACAAAUCUUACAAUUUAUGUUAUCAUAUGGUUGGUAUAGAUGUUGGCUUUGAGAAUCCUAUGUUUGCUUGUCUAGAACUGGAUUAUGAGGAAGCUGAUAAUGAUAUAACUGGUAAAGCAUUAAAAACUGCUCAACAAAAUCUGACAUAUUAUGAAUUGGACUUGGGACUCAAUCAUGUGGUUAGAAAAUAUGCAGAACCAUUGGAGGAAAUGGGAAAUUUUUUGAUUCAAGUCCCCGGAGGAAACGAGGGUCCCGGUGGGGUGCUGAUCUGUUGCGAAAAUUACGUGAUAUACAAAAAUUUGGGAGAUCAACCCGACAUCAAAUUCCCGAUCCCCAGGAGACGCAACGAUUUGGACGAUCCUGAUCGGGGCAUGCUGUUCGUUUGUAGCGCUACCCACAAAACGAAGUCCAUGUUUUUCAUCUUAGCUCAAACCGAACAGGGCGACGUUUUCAAAAUUACGACCGUCACCAAAAAAUCAAACUUAGACCCCUCCCAGCAAGUCCCGGAAGAUGAGUCCGCUUCUAUCGUGACCGAGAUUCGCCUCAAAUAUUUGGAUACCCUACCUUGCCCCGCGGCUAGUCUGUGCGUUCUUAAGACGGGGUUUUUGUUCGCCGCUUCCGAGUUCGGAAAUCAUUAUCUCUACCAAAUAGCCCAUCUCGGAGACGACGAUGACGAACCCGAGUUCAGCAGCUUCAUGCCUCUGGAAGAAGGGGACACUUUUUUUUUCGCUCCAAGGGGACUCAAAAAUUUUGUCCUGGUCGACGAGAUAGACAGCCUCAGCCCCGUUAUGAAUUGUCAGAUAGCGGAUUUGACGAACGAAGACACUCCUCAAUUGUACACGGCUUGCGGGCGGGGGCCUAGAUCAUCUUUGAAAAUCUUGAGGCAUGGAUUGGAGGUAUCCGAAAUGGCCGUCUCCGAGUUGCCCGGUAAUCCAACAGCUGUUUGGACCGUUAAGAAAAAAGCCGACGACGAGUUCGAUUCGUACAUAGUGGUAUCCUUCGUGAACGCUACCUUGGUUCUAUCUAUAGGCGAGACGGUGGAGGAGGUAACGGAUUCCGGGUUUCUGGGGACCACCAUGACACUGGCCUGUUCCCAGUUGGGAACCGAAGCUCUUAUUCAAGUGUACCCCGAUGGUAUAAGGCAUAUAAGAUCGGAUAAAAGGGUCAACGAAUGGAAAACCCCUCAAAGGAAACAGAUAACUAAAUGCGCCCUCAAUAAUAGGCAGGUGGUUAUAGCUCUAACCGGCGGGGAAAUCGUUUACUUCGAAAUGGACCCGUCAGGUCAACUUAACGAAUACACGGAACGCAAAGAACUUCCAUCCACCAUUAUAUGUAUGGGACUGGGUAACGUACCGCCAGGUGAACAGAGGUCCAAAUUUUUGGCAGUCGGUCUGGCCGAUAAUACUGUCAGGAUAAUAUCCCUCGAUCCUAUGACUUGUUUAUCUCCGUUAAGUAUGCAAGCUCUUCCGGCCACGCCCGAAUCACUCUGUAUCUCGGAAACCGGUAAUAUUAUGGCUGACAGUAAGCAGCCCACGAUCACGGAAGAAGGCGGGGAGGCUGGUUCUAACGCGAACGCGAACAAAAACCUUAACCUGGCCGGCAAUUACUUUCUGAACAUUGGAUUGCAAAAUGGUGUAUUACUGAGAACAUCUCUAGAUCAAGUUACGGGCGAUCUUUCCGACACCAGAACGCGUUACCUGGGAUCCAAAGCGGUUAAAUUAUUCAGGAUCAGGAUUCAGAAAACUGAAGCGGUACUCGCCAUUUCUAGCCGAAGCUGGCUGAGUUACGGGUACGAAUCGCGUUUUCACUUGACGCCCCUCUCCAUAUUCGAUAGCUCCAACCCGUCCUCUCAGUCCGCUUCCGGUGCGGCAGCAGCUGGAUCCUCAGCUUUGCUUCACGCCUCUUCGUUUUCGUCGGAACAAUGCCCGGAAGGCGUAGUGGCUAUAUCUAGCAAUAGUCUGAGAAUUUUAGCCCUGGAAAAGCUUGGAGGCGUUUUCAAUCAAACUCCGCUCCCGUUAAAAUACACUCCCAGGAAGUUCGUCAUCCACCACGAAACGGGCAGUUUGAUCAUCAUCGAAACCGAUCAUAACGCUUACACCCAGGAGAGCCAACAGAUCAGGAAACAGCAGAUGGCCGAAGAAAUGGUAAAAUCGGCGGGAGACGAGGAGAAAGAGAUGGCGGCCGAGAUGGCGGCAGCGUUUCUCAACGAGAACUUGCCGGAAACCGGAUUCGGUUCCGCCAAAGCCGGACCCGGAAUGUGGGCCUCGCUGAUUCGGAUCAUCCAGCCAUCAUCCAUCGUGGGCAAGAUUGGGGACAAUAUCGACUCCUUUUGCUCAUUCGUGUCCCCCCUACCCCAGAACGAGGCCGCCAUUAGCAUUGCCAUGACGAAUUUCAACAACCGACCUCCUUACGAACAAUACGUGGUCAUAGGUGUGGUCAGAGAUCUCAAUUUGCAAACCAAACAAAACACGGGCGGUUUCUUAUACACUUAUCUCUGGAAAGACGCCAAGUUAGAAUUCGUUCACAAAACGAUGGUAGAGGAUAUUCCAGGGGCCUUAGCUCCUUUUCAGGGUAGACUUUUGAUAGGAGUAGGCAGGUACCUUCGGGUGUACGAGAUGGGCAAAAAGAAGUUGCUGAGGAAAUGCGAAAAUAAGUCGAUUCCCAACACGAUAGUCAAGAUAGACGCCCUGGGUUCCAGGAUUUACGCGUGCGAUUUGCAGGACGGGGUCCAUUUCGUCAGGUACAAGGCUAGGGAGAAUCUGCUACUCAUAUUCGCCGAUAUCACGAUCCCCUUUUGGACAUCCACAUCUCUCCUACUCGAUUAUAACACCGUGGCGUUAGCCGACAAAUUUGGAACCGUGACUGUCGUCAGAUUACCUCCCAGCACUAACGACAAUAUCGAGGAAGACCCAACGGCUAAUAGAUCCCUAUGGGAAAGGGGUUUGAUGAAUGGAUCGUCGCAAAAGGCCGAAGAACUAUGCUAUUUUUACGUUGGAGAAACCGUAACGUCUAUGCAAAAGGCUACCUUGAUUCCCGGUGGAUUCGAAUGUAUCGUUUAUACUACUCUCUCCGGCACGGUGGGGAUGUUACUACCUUUCACCUCUCAUGAGGAUUACGACUUUUUCCAACAUUUGGAGAUGCACAUGAGGUCCGAGAAUUCGAGUCUUCUAGGAAGAGACCAUUUAUCCUUUCGUUCUUAUCAUUUUCCCGUCAAAAACGUUAUCGAUGGGGACUUGUGCGAGCAAUUUAAUUCUCUCGAAUAUUCGAAACAGAGAAGCAUAUCCGACGAAUUGGAUCGAACACCUAACGAAGUAUCAAAGAAAUUGGAAGAUAUAAGGACACGAUACGCGUUUUAAGAAUUUUUGGCGAAUAUUUUAAAUUUUUUUAUAUAACCAUAUUGUAAAAUAAAAAAAAAUAAGCAUAUUUUUAUGCACCCCCCUUCCCCACUCUUUAUUAGUGUAAAUAAUUUUUUUAUAAUAGCA